UAAUUCCAAACUAAACUUUUAGAUCUUAAGCCAGGACCACGAAACGGAAUAUAAUUUAAAAAAUAUAUGUAAACUAGAAUUUCGACUCCAACAUCUCGUCCGUAUCGGUAAAAGAAAUUAGAUUAGACGUCAAUGAUUGUUUCGGAGAGGAAAACGCAGCGUUUCAUGGAUGAGAAAAUGCCAAGGCAGAAAAUGAUUGCUUGAUGAGGGUUUACUAUUUAUUAAGAAAGUAGUAGUAGCGUAUUCAUCAUCACGAAAUAAAACCCUAGCAAAGCUAGCUGCAGUCAUAAGUCCCUUUUGUCCAGUGUUUGAGAAUAUAAAAAGGAAAAUGGAGGAAUCAAGGAAUGGGGAUUGUGAAGAGUGCAAAAAGAAGGCCUCAAAGUACAAGUGCCCAGGUUGCUGCCUCCGCACCUGCAGCCUCCCUUGCGUCAAUGCUCACAAGCGCCGCACUGGCUGCAAUGGCAGGAGGAACAUCACUUGCUUCGUUCCUCUCUCUCACUUCGACGAUAAUCUCCUUCUCUCCGACUAUAAUUUGCUGGAGGAAACAAAGAGGGUUGCUGAAUCUGCUCGAAGAAUGAGAUCCAAAUUAUGUAGUAACUAUCCUCCUCAUUUUAAGCUACCAUUUGUCCUUCGAAACCUCCGCUCUGCCGCUGCCUCUCGCAGAACUAAGCUCUUGUUUCUCCCUACUGGAAUGUCUAAGAGGGAAAUUAAUCAAACUCGAUUUCAUAGCGGGAAGUACAUUUCAUGGACAAUUGAAUGGCGGUUUCACUCAACAGAUGUUGUUUUACUUGACCAUGGAGUACAUGAAGAUAAAAGCCUCUGCUCAGUAAUUGAGAACCACCUCAAACCUGGCCCAUGGAAUCAUCCUCUAAGGCAAUUCUGCCAGGAGCAGCUUCACUGCCUCAAGUUUUUUAUCCGUAAAUACCCUAAGGGACCAAAGUCACCUUUUCGGGAGUUGGACAUAAAGGCCCCAAUACGGCAACAAUUAGCUGAUACAGUUAUUUUAGAGUAUCCAGUAAUUCAUGUAUUUCUUCCUUUGGAAUGCUAUGAUUUUGAAGUUAUUAGGGAGAAUCGUCCUGUCACUCAUAGGCCAGAGGGCAAAGAUUUUAGCAGUGCUGAUAAUGAAAUCCCAAAAAGUGUUACGUUCAAGGAGGAGGAAAUAGAAGCCAAUGAUGGCUCUUUAGACCCUCAGGUCUUUGAUCUUAUGAAAAAUGUGAUUUCAAGUCCAAAGCAUCAAAUCCCUCAUCAAAACAAGUCUGAGAAAGCAUUCAGUAACUCAGUUUUGUCUUUGUCAACAAGAGCUGGGGCAGGCAACAGGGUGCAUUCUAACUCCCAUACUAAGGGCUCUGAAGUUUUUCAGGACAUGGAAUUCGAUUUUGAUCAAGGCUUAAUAGAUGCAUAUUCGGACCUUAUUGCUGAAAUUAAUCCAGAUGACUUUCUUGAUUUGGAAGGUGAUUUUGCUAAGGAGUCAGGAACAGAAGAUAAAAGGGACCUUUCAAAUUCCAGUGGAGUUUUCUUUGCCAAGGAAUUGGAGGAAGGGGAGAUUGUGGAUUAGUUGUUACUGUUAAUCUUUCCCAGGAAGCAUAGAGGAGCAUGAUUCGAAGACGAAUCUUCUAAGAGUUUUUGCUUGCUAUUGAUCAUAAUUUUCAUUGACAGUCCGCCGCAGCUUUUCAUUGACAUCAUUUCCUUCAUAAGGGACAUUGCUCAAGUGCAUGGUAAUGCUCAAGAUUGGGUCAAAUGCACGGAUAUCUUGUAAAUUCAGUAGCUGAUAUAAUUAUUUGAUUCCUACGAAAGGAAAAAAAAUCAUCUAUUUACUAUAUUGAUCUGGUUGAAAGGGAGGUGAGUUUUGCUCUUUUUUUUUUUUUUUAAUAUUGAUAUUAAGAGGGUCUUGGACCCAUGUUACCCUUUGAUCAGUGCUUGGCAUUUGUUAUCCUGAUGACUUCUUGUGUUAUCCUUUUAAAAGGGUCAUCGAUUCUUGUUUCUCUUUUAGAUUAGUCGUUACGCAGGAUGUGGAUUCAUGUGGUUAUUGAGUUAGUUAAAUUAUAUUUCAUUUUUCCUUUUUACCUGACAAGUUGGCUGAAAUGACCAAACAGUUUGAAUUAACAGGUAGAUCCCCUUUUAAGGUUUGCAAUUCUAAGAUGAACAAUUACUCAUUAAGGUUUGCAACUUAUUUUAUUCAAAAUAGAUUGAAAUCAUUCACUUUUGAUCCUUUUUUCUCUUUUUGACCUGCUUUAUUUGAACGCUAAUUUAUAGCAUUGUUUUUGCUUGAUAUUUCUAACUGCAAUGCAAAAUAGAUACCUUGUAUCGGGUAAGUUGUUGACAAAAUUUUUAUGUGAGAAGCCAAACUAAAAAAUUUUACUGUGUUAUUGGGAAUGGUCGACCAUUAAAAAGGGCCACUAGAACAAACAAUCUCAUCUAACGCCGAGGCUUCCUAGUCGUAAGGGGAUAUCAUGAUUAUUUCAUGAAAUAGUAGAUGGACUCUACUAUCAAGCCGUUUCAAUCACCACCAUCAGCCUUUCUUGUUUCUUCACCCUCAUUCGUACAAUUUUGGCAUAAAAGCUAAGUUACGCUGCUUAUGAUCGUUUAUCUUUGUUGUCUUAAGAGGGUAUGAAUCCCUUUCCGCUAUGUUAUUUCAGCAAGUAAUAUAUUCUGCUUCUUUGCAAACUUGUCCCUUAAAGCUUGGUGUGUAAUAAGAAGAUUUGGGAGGUGUGUCGGUUUUGACUGGAAAUCAUGCCUCACCAUCUCAUUGUUGUCGUUUUUAAGCGUGAACUAACAUUGCUGUUCAACUGUGGCAGUUGGAGAAAUUUCUAAUUGGUUCCCACUUGAAUACAUGUCCUUAGUUGACUAAAGACUAUCAAUUAUCGCAGUUCUUGAAUCAAUUUCAUCAUAGCUUUUCGGGGCCACUAAUCCUCAUGCUUGUUGUCGACCAUGUUAGUUCUGGUUGCAGUCCUUGCCAAAUGAUUUUGGUGGUUGAACCGAGUCUUUCUUAGUGGAAUUGUGAUACAAUAGUGUUAAAGAUUAGGAGUUAAAAAGUCUUAUGCUUAAUUAGAUACGUUGCACAUGUUGAAUAUGAACUACUUGUCAUUUGCCUUUUUUUUUUUUUAAUCUUUUCAUAUCUAUAUGGUUCUCUCUGUGCAAAAGACAAGUAGGGAAGGAGUUUUGCUUUUACGAGGUCUGGAUUCAAGGCUCUCCGAAGAUCUUCAUCCUGAUCCUCAAAAGCUUCACUGCAAGGUACUUGAAGUCUCACUCUUGGCUUCUAGGUCAAGUCUACCAAGUUCUCUUCCUUUAAGUUAUGAAAUGUGCUCCAAUUGAUACCUUUUUUGUAUUGAACAAUCUUCUCAAAAAUUGGAUGGUUGUACUUGCUUUGUUGUGUGCUUUAGGCUGCUUAAAGCUUAAUUUGGGGCCAUAAGAAGUGCAAAAAAAAUACUGGGCUGAAGGGUAACCACUGGGUGGGAAAGAAACCUUGUUACCAUUAACCUGAGAAUUUCCCCAUUUUUACAGUAAGGAAGAUCUUGCGUUGCCUGGGGAACCUGAAUCAUUUGCCACCAAGGCUUCUCUUAUGGCUGCUAUUGACUAUAUAGUUUCUGAGAAAAGUGAUGUUUUCAUGCCAUCUCAUGGUGGAAAUAUGGGCCACGCAUUUCGGGUAUUGAGUCAUCAGUCUCUUAAUUAGCAUUAGUUUCGAGAAAGCUUCCAGUUUUUGUGCUUCGGACCUUCAACUAUGAAAAAUCCAACGCUACCCCUUUUUUUUUUUUAGCUCUUUUCAAGUCAAAUACUGAGUUAUAACAUGCUAGAAUUCUUUUUUAAAAAAGAAAUAAAUAAAACAUACCCAAAUAAUGUUUUAACACUUAGUCAAACAGAAUUAAAUAAUAAUUAAUAAUUUUAAAAAGCAUUUUUUUGUAAAUUAUUACUAGUAUAAUUUGAAUCUCUCUAAAAUGAUGCAAAUAUGACAUAACAAACUUAUUUAUUACCGUAGUAUCAUAAGAAAAUAUUUUAUUAUAAUUAAUUCAUUCAAA